CAUUUUGAUGAAACAGCGAGGAGUAGAGCGGUUUGGACAACCGAAAUGGAUUUUAUGGAUUUAAAUUGAAGAUUAACCUGGAUACGUAACUUUCAACUUCUCCUUCUGGAAAAUAACCGUGUACCGAAGAGGAAUCUUUGCGUCAUGAAUGCGUAACUGGUGGAUUUUGUUUGAUUUUUCGACAUCUUACAUCCUACUUUACUAGCGUAGCACCGUUGAACAUUAGCUAACGCUAGCUGUUAGCUUUUGUUAGGCAAGUGUUUUCAUAUUGUGUUGAGUGGCGAGGUAACGCUAGCUAAUCCUAUCUCGAGGUGUAGCAUGUUAGCCAUGGCAUUAGCUACCUAGCAAAAUUAACGUUUGUACGGUAGAUUAUGAUAUCAGAAUUUUGAGGUCUGGCAGCGAUAACACUUGUGGACUCGUCGCGGAAGCUUCCACGCAGUUUUGUGGACUCUUUGUGGAGCUCGAUAGUUUUUGGCUUGACUUGAAAAAAAAAAACUGUUCCAACAAGUCAAAACAUUACCCACUAGGACUGAUGCUCAGGAAACCCCAGGCCCGCUGCUAGCUACUCGCGGCUUGCAGUGCGGCGGACCGGGUUUUCCACCAAGGACAAUUCACCACGGACUUGCCUCCUUUAUAUCCAUAUGAUAGAUUAACAGUGUGUUGCAUGGACUCUCUUGGAUUUGGUGGCAUCCUGUUGUGUUUUAUCGGACUGGAAAGGACUGACGAGGCACACUGCGCCGCUGAAUGGCGCUCUGGCCUCAAACCUCAAUUAUUUUUCUCUGGCAGUAACAUGGACUCUAUCGUCAUCUGCGAGCUGAACCCUUCUUUAUUUUAGUAAUUUCUUUGUCCACAGUGUUUCAGCGAAUACAAAGAAAAUUGACCUAUUAAAGUUAACAGAUUUAGCCUCCUGUGUGCAGUGUUGCCGCUGUUUUAUUUUGCUAUCAUACCAGGCCUGUGUUUUUUUUCCCCUCAUGUGCUUGAUUGACUUAAGUGCUUAGACCUGUAAAAAUGUCGUGUGUUCACUAUAAGUUUUCUUCCAAACUGGACUACAAUACGGUCACUUUCGAUGGGCUGCAUAUCACCCUCAGCGAGCUCAAAAGGCAGAUUAUGGGCCGAGAGCGCCUCAAGGCCACAGACUGCGACCUGCAGAUCACCAAUGCGCAGACUCGCGAAGAAUACACGGAUGAUGAAGCCCACAUCCCAAAACAUUCGUCUGUGAUCGUCCGCCGCACUCCGAUUGGUGGAGUAAAACCUGCUGGCAGGACGUUCAUUGUAGAUCGUUCUGACACAGCUGUGGUGGGAUCUUCUAGACCCACUGAUUCUUCUCCUUCUUUGUCACUUGCCCAACUCGCCAAGACUGCUAACCUGGUUGAUGCAAAUGCAUCAGAAGAGGACAAGAUUAAAGCCAUGAUGUCUCAGUCCAACCACGAAUAUGACCCAAUACAUUACUCCAAGAAGGCAGUUGGACCUCCACCUGCUCACUAUACCUGCUAUCGUUGUGGAAAGGCUGGUCACUACAUUCGGCAGUGCCCCAUGCUGAUGGUUCAGGAUAAGAGUGUGGAGGGUCCCAAGCCAGUAAGGAUUAGUAAGGGCAUUCCUCAGAGCUUCAUGGUGAAAGCAGAGCCAGGCACCAAGGGAGCCAUGUUAACCAGCACUGGAGAAUACGCCAUCCCUGCUAUAGAUGCGGAGGCAUACGCUCAAGGAAAGAAGGAGCGGCCGCCGUUUGUUCCACAUGACCAGUCGUCGUCUGAGGACGAUUCUGAUCCGAUCCCAGAUGAACUCUUGUGUCCCAUCUGUAAUGACCUGAUGACCGAUGCAGUAGUCAUACCCUGCUGUGGAAACAGUUACUGCGACGACUGUAUCAGAACUGCUUUGUUGGACUCAGAGGAGCACAUCUGCUUCACAUGCAAACAGUCAGAUGUUUCACCUGAUAAUCUCAUUGCCAACAAGUUUCUUCGACAGGCUGUGAACAACUUCAAGAAUGAGACUGGAUACACCAAACGUGUGCGCAAGCAGCUCCAAAAUGCAGCCCCGCCUCCGCCGCGCCCUCAGUUGGUCAGGCCUCUGCACUCCAGACAGCAGGACCCACUGCUAGCCAAUGCCACUCACCUUUCUUCUACAAGCGCACCCUCCACUGCCCCCCAAGCCCAGGUCCCCCCCCCUGCCCCUGCUGCUGCUGCUGCUGCUACUGCUGCUCCUACCCCUCCUCAUGCUGCUGCUGUUGAAGGACAAGCUUCUUCACCAGCCCCCCAACCUGUUGUUGACCACCAUUCUCCUAUGCAGCCCACCAGCCAUGGUGAACCACCCCCACCAGGUGAGACAGAUCCAGAACCUACUGUGACACCAGACACAUCAGGGACCUCAGAAAGUGGAUCACAGAACUACCAUUUAAGCGUUGUUGGCCACCCGCCACCUGCAAGGCCGCCUCAUUCUUCAGGCCACCAGCCACGGCCCCACCACUCUCACAGAGGAGGAGGCAGACACUGGGAGAGGUCUUUCAGGGGAAGAGGAGACCACCCCUCCACUCACCCCCAAACAGCUCCACCCCCUGCACCUGUUCCUCCAGUGUUCCCAGCUCCAUCCCUGUACCCACCCCCACUACAGCCCUACCCCCCUCCAUACACCUCUGGCCCUAGCCUUAUCCCCCCUCCUGCCCUCAGUUACCAGCCCCAGCCUGUUUAUGCCCCUGGACCGCCAGUGCUCAACCCUCCUUGGGUUGCCCCUGGCACCCAGCCCCCUCUUGUUCCUCUUCCAGCCCCCCUUUCUCAGCCACUCCUCUCGAAGGAAGAUUUCUACAGACAGCGGCACCACCGACAGGACAAAGUUACGUCCAAACUAGAUGAAUUUACUAAAGACUUUCAUAAAGAGCUUAUGAAGUACAGACAUGCACCAAAGAGACGAAGACCAUCUUAUUCCAGGUCCCGUUCAUACAGUCGCUCUCCAUUCAGCCGUUCUUAUUCUCGUUCUAGAUCAAGAUCUAGAUCCAGAUCAAGAUCCAGGUCUUACUCUUAUUCCCCCAGCCGAUCCCGCUCCCGUUCGCGCUCCCAUGGCCGGUCUUAUCCCCGCUCCCCUUAUUCUAGACGCAAUGGACGCAGUUAUGGACGCUCACGGUCAAGGUCCCGCUCUCGUUCAAGGUCUUAUGGGUAUCGGCGCUCUGGAUCACCACGGUCUCCUUCCUCCUACCGGGGAGCAGGUUGGGAGGGAGCAGAAGGAGCAGGACCCUACAGGUCUAGGUCACGGUCUCGCACCCCUGGUGGCUACCGGAGCCGCAGCCCAGAUGGACGAAAGCCACCUCCUCGGGAGCUGGCACCAUAUGAACUGAAGGGUCCAAGUCCUGGUGGCCAUGAGCGCUGGGAAAGAGAAAAGUAUCGACAGUGGGAGAAGGACUAUGCAUACUGGUACAACAAGUACUACAAAGACUAUGACAACCAGCAUCCCUCGAUGCAUCACAGAGGUCGUGGGAGCAGAGACAGAGAGAGGGACAGAAUGUCCCCAUUAUCUAGAGAUUACUCCCCCCAGGGGAGAGGAAGAAGAGGGGGAAGAGAAGAGAGAGGUGGUCCACCUCCCCAUCCUCCAUCCUCGUCCUCAUCGGGGAACAAGUCCAGCUCUAAAGUCCUGAAGGCGAAAAAAGUAAAAAAGAAGAAGAGCGGGGACGAACCAGAACCGUCACACCAGUCGGUGGACAGAGGUGAUGCUACACCUGUGAGAGACGAACCAAUGGAUGAAAUCCCUUCACUCAUUAAAACACCUCCCAUCUCCUCCAAGCCUUCAGUUGGUGCUACAACCAGUAAAGCUCCAGCAUCUAAAAGCACUGCUGCUCCCGUUAAGCCUUCAACCAAGUCGACAUCGAAGACCCAGUCUGAUAAGACCAAGAAAGACAAGGGUCAAAAGGUAAAAGCCAAAGUAAAGACAGAGGGUGUAAAGGUAAAGAGUGACAAGGUGAAGAAGAAGACUGGAGAAGGCGUGGUGACCAAAAAGAAAGAAGACGAAUCCUCCUCUGUCUCUAAACCAUUAAAGACCGUGAAAGCCAAACCAGAAGAUGCCCCCAACUCAACUACCCCUAAAAAGGAAAAGAGUAAAAGCUCUUCAGUGAGGCCUGCCCUGCUGAAGACCCCUCCAUUGUCGUCCCAGACCCUGCCUCUACAUCUUCCUUCUAAUUAUGACGCCCCACGACCCGGCCACGACAUGCGGGGGAGAAGAGAUGUUCCGCAGAGCACCGGUCUCCUUCCCCAUCCCCAUCCCCAUCCCCAUCCCCAUCCCCAUCAACACGGACUCCCACUCCUCCACCGACCUCUCUCCCCAGUGGACAGUCGGAGGAGGAUGGGAGAGGAGGGUCGCUCUUUACUUGGACCUCCUCCCGGAAAGCUGAGGAGAAUAGAUGGCCUCGGGGGUGGAGGUGAGGUCAUCUCGCACUCUCACAUGUCUCAUCAGCCCCCGCUCCACAGACUCCCACCCUCCUCAGACAGGCCUGGUCUGCUUCCCCUACCAGGGAGCCGGGAGAUGGGCCGGGGAGACUCAGACCGAGGAUCCAUCAGACCUCUAAUGGACUUUCAGGUGAAGCCAGUGACUCAGAGGAAGAUCAAAUUAAACAGAGAUCUGGGGAGAAAGAGCAGCACUGAGACAGCCGCCACAGACAGAGCAACGGCAGGUCCUGAGAAGAUGACCUCCACCUCAGACCGAUCGGCUGCUGCUAACAUCUCCGAAGGAGACCGACCCAGCAGUACUGCAGAGGGUGCUGGAAGAAAGGAGCGGUCAGCGUCUGCUGAGAGGGGAGUCUCCGGAGAGAGACCAGGGAGUGCUGGAGAGAGACUGACGGGCUCAGACAGAGAGCAGACCAGAAGCUCGGGACCAGACCGAGACAGAGACAGAGACCGAGCCUCGGGGUCAGACCGAGACAGAGGCAUGGCAUCUGACAGAGAGAGGGACAGGGUCUCGGGGUCAGGCUCACAUAAGGUAGCAGUUACAGUGAAGAGAGACGCCGAAGGGGAGAGAUCGGUGAGGACAGAACGGAAGAACUCUGGUAGUGGUAGUGGUAGUGGAAGUGGAAGUGGAAGUGGAAGUGCAGGAGGGAGGUCUGUCUCUCUGGAUAAAAUGACCAUUGGAGAGAAAUCAGCCGUCAACAAGAGAGUGGUAGACCACCACGACAAACCAAGCACGUCCUCUAAGGAGAGAGGGGAGGGGUCAGAAAGAGCUGCUAAAUCUGACAGGAGUGUAUCCAAGGACAGAACAGAGAGGAGCGUCCCCUCAGGAGAGAAACCAGCUGCUGCUCACAGAGAAGCUGUGAAAGAUAGCGAGGAGUCUGUUGUGAAGAGCAAACCCCGGAUCAGCCGUAAGGCCCUGACGAGCCACACCGUGAGCUCCACUAGGUCAACUCAAGAAACAAAGCGGGACUCAGUGAAAGACCAAAAGAAUCUGUCCUCCAAACCUGCAGAGCAGCCCCCAUCCAGCCCUGUGAACAGCCGUGGUCGCAGCCCAAGUAUGAGCCCCGUAUCCAGCCCUGCCAGGGAGGAGCCGCUCAUUCAGCCUCCUCCUCGCUCCAAGUGGGAGAGAGAAGAUGACGAAGAAGGCCAGGAGAACGGACUUGGUGCACCGAAGGAGCCCUCACCAGUGCCGCAGAGGAGCCGAGGCAGGGAGGUGCCGACCGAAGCAUCUAAACCUGUCAGGAGCGAAGGCCGGGAUGCUACAAGGGAGGAGAAGAGAGGAGUAGUGAGAGAUGAGAAGAAAGGGAGAGCACCAAGGGAAGAGGGUAAAGGUGGCAGGACGGCACAGGCCAGUUCUGACAAACCAAGCAAAACAAAGACUGUGAGGGAGGAGGGGAGAGGACUGAGAGAAGAAGGGAGAGCUGCAGCAAGAGAGGAAGGGAGAGGAGGAGGAGGGGGAGGAAGAGAGGAAGGACGAGGAAGAGAGGAAGGACGAGGAGUGACGGGAAAGGAGGACAGAGCAGCAGAAGGCAGAGGUGGAGGAGGACGAGAGGAGAGUCGUGGGCCAGAGCCCAGGAGACAGCGUCUGUGUUCCGACCUGGGUCGUGAGACAGACGAGGCGGCCUUUGUGCCCGACUACAGCGAAGGCGAAGGCUCUGAGCCGGAGAGAGGGAGGAGCGGCAGCCCCAGUCUGUCCCCCAGCCAACCCUCCCACAGCCCCACCCCCAGCAACAACAGUGGCUCGGGAACCACGACGGCGGACAAGAAGAAGAAGAAACACAAGAAACACAAAAAACACAAAAAGCACAAGAAGCACAGCAGCCAGGACAAAGGAGAACACAAGGAGCACAAGCACAAACACAAGAAAAAGAAACACAAAAAGAACAAAGACAAAGAUGCGGAGGAAGAGGAGGAGAAGAUAGAGAGGGCAGAGGAAGGGGCUCCAUGCUAACAGGCUGUGACUGCUGCUUGGUUAACAAGGAGAUAAUGAUGUACCUAGAAAUAUCAGCUAACACUGGCAUGCUGUUCCAUGUGCCACAGGAAGGGAAUGGAUGAAAUGUGUCUUUGACUGUCCAUGACACUGAAGACGGGCUGUCUGGCUGUUAUUCUAUCACUUAUCGUCGCCGCAGGUCCCCAACCUUACACGGUACUUUGUUGUGCUUGGAUUGCAGCAUUAUGACCGCUGCUGAGGUUUCUUUAUUGUUCAAUGCGAGCCUCUUUGGUGACUUUGGGUCAGGAAAAACUGCUCAGGAGAGCUGCUUUGCCGCACUAUUGUGAUCAACGUAGAGCCGACCAGAGAGGACGUUACGAUAAUAACUGAUCACACUGCAGUCAAUCUAAAUGAUUGGAAUAACAAAUACCGUACUCAGGGAUGUGAUUGCUUCUUUGUAGAGGAGGAAUUGCUGUUUCUCUGCCUCUGAUUCAUUUGUAAAUAGAGAUUAACUGUUGCUGCACAUCAUAAUAAUAAGUUUUCCUCAGUUUAUUUUGCUCACAUCCCUGUGUGCUGUUCAAGGCUUAAAUGCAGAAUAUCCUUCAUUGCUAUGAGGGCCGUUGUUUGCUCUUUUUUAAGGACUGUACUUGCGGUUUUGCAUCUUUUAACACAUUAACUACAAAUCAUAUAUACGUUCCAUUAUUCUGAGCUGAUGAUGAUCCAAGUAGGAUCACGACAUUAUUAUUACGCUCUUGUGGCAUGGAGUAAGUGUGCAGGCGUUACCCUUUUUCAUCGCUGCUUUCUUCUCAUAGCCAACACCUACGUGAUGUGCGUGUAAUUACUCUCUUCUUUUCUUGCUGACCAUUCUCAGCCACCACCCCCUCCCCAAGCAAGGUUAAAUCUCAGAGUUAAUUUUCCUACCACACUUAACAUGAAUGAAAUGUUGUAGCUACCUGGAAGAUAAUGAAAUGUUUGAAAUUGUCAGCAUUAUUUUUGAUAAAUUUGCUAAAACUUGCAAAAUCACCAGUAUGGUCCUUUUACGCAUCCGUGCUACACUGGAUUGUAUACGUCUAGGAUGUGUUUAUUAAUAAUGGCAAAUGAGCCUGCAUGUUUUUGUUCUGAAGGUGCAGUCACUGUCUAUCACAUUGUCUGAGUGAGUGAAUGUGGGUGUGUUGGUAUGAGAGUAAACUGGCAGAAAUGGGACAAGUUGGAGGACUAGUGUUCUUACAAAUGAGUUGAUCAUUUUCUUUUUUUUUUAAUUAAAAUGUUUUGACCUCA